AUGCCAUCAUCCCGGUAUGUUUAUGUAUCUGUUUAUCUCAAGAUAUACAUAUCUAUUGAUAUAUCAUCGACUAAUCAGUUUUCUCUUUUGAAUCUAUCUAUCUAUCUAUCUAUCUAUCUAUCUAUCUAUCUAUCUAUCUAUCUAUCUGUUUACUUGUUCCAUUCUCUCACUAUCUUAUCUAGUUCAUAUCUAUCUCAGUUCAUAUCUAUCUAUUCUACAUUUAUCUAUCUAUCUCAUUUCAUUCUUAUCUAUCGAUCUAUCUUCAUUUUAUAUCUAUACAACUAUCUAAGUUCAUAUCUGUCUAUCUAUCUAUCUAUCUAUCUAUCUAUCUAUCUAUUUUUGCCCUAUUUUAAUAGGCCUUUAAAGACACUUAAACACUUUAUCAUUUUCUCAGGCAUUGAGGCCAGGUCCUUCUUCUUUUUUCUCCUCCUCCUCUUCUUCUUCUUCUUCCCUCCUCCUCCUCCUCUUCUUCUUCCUCUUCUUUUUCUUCCUCUUCUUCCGCUCCGUCUUCUUCUUCUUUCUCCUCCUUUUCUUCUUCUUCUUCCUCCUCUUUCUUCUACUUCUUCUUCUUCUUCUUCAACGAGUCACAUUCCUGGAGGUUAG